UUUUUUUUACCUCAGUUAACCUACUACUUACGUUAACACUAAGUUUAGCCUCUGUGCUAACGUCAGCUUUUCGUUUGACGUUGUGACGUAAAAUACGUAGGACAGCCCCAGCUCUUGUACAUUUCACGAUUUUAAGAUAAACUGAACAGUUUACAGCCGUGCUGUAGCAUGUAUACUUGUUAGCAGAAAUGAACUAGCUAUUUAAGACUAAGUCGGACCUGAAAACCCACAGCUUCAAGCCGUACACGGGUAUUUUUCAUUUGUAUGACAUAGGUCGGUUUUCCAGUUAGUUUUUUGCUUUGGACUCCCGUUGUAUCAAAUGCCCGUAUGGUUGUUUCGUAGCUGUUCUCCACUUUUCUGUUUCUCCUUUGAAACCGAGUAAUUGCCAUGCAUAUUAGAGAGGAGACUGUAGCCAUUUUAAAGCAGUUUGACAUUGGAAACAAGUUCUCUUAUCUGCCGGUGCUGCCCAAAGCCUCGGUGCUGAUCCCGCUGUUUGUGAAGAAUGGAGAGCUGUACACAUUGAUGACCCUGCGUUCAAAGGAGCUGAGGACGAGUGCUGGUGAGGUGUGUUUCCCCGGUGGGAAGAGAGACCCCAGUGACAGAGAUGAUGUGGACACAGCUCUUAGAGAGGCAGAGGAGGAGAUAGGGCUACCACCUGAUGGUGUUCAGGUGGUCUGUAGACUGUUCCCUAUCAUUAAUAAGAGUGGUCUGUUGGUAACCCCGGUGGUUGGAUUCAUAGAGGAGUCAUUUUGUCCCUGUCCAAACCCAGCCGAGGUCAGUGCUGUGUUCACAGUCCCUCUGAACUUCUUCACCAGCGAGAAGGACCACGUUGCUGGCCAUGGUGCUGUUGUAAUGUCGGGGCCAUUGCACUCAUUUUAUUUUCUGGACUCUGAUUCAAGGAACCAGUAUCACAUAUGGGGCUUGACUGCACUGUUGGCCAUACUGGUUGCUGCCCUAGCUCUCAGGAAAAAACCUGAGUUUGAUGUUGGUUUUGACUUGGAGGAUCCAUUAUCCUUCUUCCAACAAGUUCUACAUAGAAGAAUUAGUAAGCUAUGACCAUGUCAUUUCUCGAUGUUAGUAAUGCAUUUGUGCCAAUACAUAAUACCUAAAGUUACAUUUGUUUUUUUAACAGUGGUGUGUUGAUUUUCUGCAUUAAUUGUGGAGACAUUUGCAACAAGAAACUGGACUUAUGAGAUAUUUGUUUGAAAAGAUUAAUAUAAAAGAUGAUUUACUAACUUUAC